GAAGAAAACCCGGGGUACAGCACGUAGAAUUAGCCCCGGAUAUAAGCACUUGAAAGCCGGAAGUAGUUUUCGGGCUCUCGACAACAAAGGUCCUCUUCCGGCUCAAUGUCAUGCCUAGCACCUCCUCCCCGCAAUUGAUUGAGGGGUACAUUCUACUUACCGCGGAUAUCAUACCAUCAGCAUGGAUAUAACGUAGAUCCCUCUCCAGCUUCGAAUCUUUAUCUAGCAAAAAACUAUCAACACCAGUUUAUCAAAAUUGGAAAAGUAACAGCUGCCAUGUCAAACACAAAAACCGUCCGGGUCCCCCACCUUGGCGGCAUCGACGCCGCUUACCAAAUGCCAGCUCCGUACGAUAAAUCAAAACCCACCCUCAUCAUGGUUAAUUCCUUCACAACGUCAUCAGAACUCUAUCGCGACCAGUACUCCAACGAAGAUCUUACUUCCAAAAUGAAUCUCAUACCCAUUGAACUCCUCGGUCACGGGCAGACUCGCGCGGAGAACGAGAACUGGACGUAUUGGGACACUGCAGUUAUGAAUGUGCAGGUAAUGGAUGCGUUAGGGAUUCAGAAAGCGUUUGUGUUAGGGACGAGUCAAGGGGGUUGGAUCACAGUUCGGAUGGCUUUGGUGGCACCGAAGAGAGUAGGAGAAUUUCUAACGCAAUGGCAUCAAUUUUUGUUGUUAUUUCCCACUGAUGGAAAAUGGAUCCUAGGCAUCAUCCCAUUAGGCACAUCUCUCGAUUUCGAAUCUGACCGCACGCGCUCCCUGGGAUGCUGGAACGCUCCCGAUCUCCUUACGCCCACCAUCAACGAAUGGACGACCAACGACCAAACUACAGAUUUCCAGCCAAGUGACGAGUAUUGUAACUUCUUGGUUGACAUCGGCUUUGGAAAGAACUGUUCGAAUGAUGUCAGGGAGCUUUGGAAAAAGACGAUCAAAGGCAACUACCAGGGUGACUAUGGAAGGAGAAGGGCACGAAUGGCGGCGAUUAAUUUGAGGGAUAGAGAUGGCUUGCAUAAUAGGCUUUGGGAUAUUAGAUGCCCGGUGCUGUGGCUACAUGUAAGCGUCUCCAUUUUCAGUACAUACCGUCCUUUUCUUUAGUUUCUAGUAUGGUUUCAGCAAUGUGGGGUCCGAACCAGGACUAUCCUGUCUAGAGAGUGUGGUGUGUGCGAAUAUGCCUUCGGGAGAAAACCAGAGGGUUCUACAUUCCUACCCCUGCCCGUUUGUCCAGUAUAGCACCCGUUAUCCCCUCAACAUCUUCGGUACUACGGCGAUAGCGGAUCUCUGGGCUAGUAGAGAGGGCUGAGACGAUAUAGUUGGGUGGAGGGUUUUAGAGGGUAGGAUGGAAGGCAGCUAUUAUGUAGAAGGACAAGAACAAUUCUAGAAGUAUGCUACAAAGAUAUUUA